AUGGACAUAUUCCGCCUGCUCAAGUGCUGUCACCGGCACCGAAACAGACGAAACACACAGACACCACAGGAUUUCGGCUGUGUGAAGUCCGUGCAGUACGACGCGGAGCCUCCUCCUGAAACCCGACCGGCGCAGCAGCAGCAGCAGCAGCAGCAGCAACAGCAGCAGCAGCUGCUGCAACCAGCGUACAAACAGCAACCCAAGCAGCAGCAGCAGCAGUCACUGCGUCAUCCCCCCGAUUCCUCCUCCCAGGGGUCUCUCAGGCUUCCAAGUGCAGCAGAAACAGCAGCAGCGUGGCCGCCUGCUGCAGCAUCAGCAGCAGCAGACACCGCAGCAGCAGGGCCCCACUCAGCAGCAGCUCCAACAGCAGGAAGUGCAGCAGAAGCAGCAGCAGCAGCAAAACUGAGGGAAGUAGCUGCAUAUGGAACACGGGAUAUAGAAACAUCCGACGCAGCAGAGGCUGAAAUCAAAGCAGCAAUUGCUGCUGCUGCUGCUGCUGCUGCUGCUGCUGCUGCAGAAAGAGAUCUGAACGCAGCGACAGCAGCAGCAGAAGCUGCAGCAGCAGCAGAGCUCUAUUCAGCAAAAAGAGAAGCAGAAGAAGAAACUCAAAGAGAGGAGACGACAGCAGCAGCAGAAACAGCAGCAGAAGCAGCAGAAUCCGAGGCCGCAAGAACUGCAGCAGCAGCAGGACCGGAUACAGGUGAAGCAGCAACAGCAGAAGCAACAGAAGCAGCAGCAGCAAAGGCAGCGGGGGCAGCUAAAGCUGGAGCAGCAACGGAAACAGCAGCUGAGACUGCAGCGACAGAAGCAGCAGCUGCAGCAGCAGCAGCUGCAGCAGCAGCAGCAGCAGCCGACACAGCAGCAACAGAAGUUUCUACUGCAGCAGUACCUGUCCUAGCAGCGGGAACAGCAACAGCAGCUGCUGCUGGUACUGCAGCAAAGGCAGCAGCAGAAGCAGAAACAGCAGCAACACGCGAAGCAGAAAUAGCCAUAGCGGCUGCGGAAGCAGCAACAGCAGCAGCAGCAGCAGCAACAGCAGCGGCAGCUGAAACAGAAGCUGGCGCAGAGAUAACAGCAGCAGCAGCAGCAGAAGCAGUAGCAGCAGCAGCAACAAAGAUGGCUCCAGUAGGAGAUCGUGCUGCGGCGUCUUCAGCAGCAGCACCAGGAAAGGCAGACGGAGCAGCAGCAGCAGCAGCAGCAACACCAGCAGCAGCAGCAGCAGCAGCAGAAAGAGAAAUGGCUGUUGUGCCUCGCAGCGAGGAUAGAUCUGAAGGAAAGAUGGGGGCGACGCUCUUCGACCUGCAGAGGGGCCUCUGCACCUUCAGGUUUUGGGGGCCCCACGUAGAUGAAGCAUGGGUGGAGAUUGAGCGGGAUAGUUUCGCCCUCGAAAAAGAAGAAGGUGACCAGUGGUCUGUUUGUCUUUCGGGUGUACGUCCAGGUGCUUCUUAUCAUUUUGUCUUUACUUCAAACUGCAAUGAUUGCUACCACCGAGAAGGAGAAAUCCUUCAUAGACAAAGAGAUUUGAACGCAGCAACAGCAGCAGCAGAAGCUGCAGCAGCAGCAGAGCUCUAUUCAGCAAAAAGAGAAGCAGAAGAAGAAACUCAAAGAGAGGAGACGACAGCAGCAGCAGAAACAGCAGCAGCAGAAACAGCAGCAGAAACAGCAGCAGAAUCCGAGGUCGCAAGAACUGCAGCAGCAGCAGGACCGAAUACAGGUGAAGCGGCAACAGCAGAAGCAACAGAAGCAGCAGCAGCAAAGGCAGCGGGGGCAGCUAAAGCUGGAGCAGCAACGGGAACAGCAGCUGAGACUGCAGCGACAGAAGCAGCAGCUGCAGCAGCAGCUGCAGCAGCAGCAGCAGCAGCAGCCGAAACAGCAGCAACAGAAGUUUCUACUGCAGCAGUACCUGUACUAGCAGCGGGAACAGCAACAGCAGCUGCUGCUGGUACUGCAGCAAAGGCAGCAGCAGAAGCAGAAACAGCAGCAACACGCGAAGCAGAAAUAGCCAUAGCGGCUGCGGAAGCAGCAACAGCAGCAGCAGCAGCAGCAACAGCAGCGGCAGCUGAAACAGAAGCUGGCGCAGAGAUAACAGCAGCAGCAGCAGCAGAAGCAGUAGCAGCAGCAGCAGCAAAGAUGGCUCCAGCAGGAGAUCGUGCUGCGGCGUCUUCAGCAGCAGCACCAGGAAAGGCAGACAGAGCAGCAGCAGCAGCAGCAGCAGCAACACCAGCAGCAGCAGCAGCAGCAGCAGAAGAAAGAGAAAUGGCUGUUGUGCCACGCAGCGAGGAUAGAUCUGAAGGAAAGAUGGGGGCCUUCAGGUUUUGGGGGCCCCACGUAGAUGAAGCAUGGGUGGAGAUUGAGCGGGAUAGUUUCGCCCUCGAAAAAGAAGAAGGUGACCAGUGGUCUGUUUGUCUUUCGGGUGGGACCCCUAUGCCCGCUUCUGCGACUUCGACAGCAACACGUGUUUCGUUGUAUUGCCUCCAGCACCAACAGCAGCAGCAGCAUGCUCCUGCAUGGUACUUGUUUGAGGCCCUCGCGGAGAAAGUCGAAUACAUAGCUUCCUUGGGUUUUACAGCGAUCGAGCUGAUGCCAGUGCAGGAGUUUGGGGGUUUGUGGGGCUAUAACCCUCGGCUGCUCCUCGCCGUCCACUCCCCCUACGGAAACCCCCAAACCCUCGAGGAGUUUGUUAGGUGCUGCCACAAACACGAUAUCGCGGUGAUCUUCGACUUGGUGCUCAACCAUGGAUCUGCGAAGCUGAAUUCUCUGUGGAAUUGGGAUGGCCCUGAUGGUUUACGCCUGGACUCUGUACAUAACUUACCUUGGGAUUUGCUGCAGAUUAUGCGGGGCGAAGAGGCGCCUUAUCAUCUCCCUAUGCUGAAAAACAUCAUCAACAUCCACCACGGCUUCACCAAGUCCUCCCAGUGCAUUAACUCAAUCCUAGGCAGCCACGACCAGGCAGGCAACCGUUCAGGCGUAAGCUAA